AAAGCCUUUAAUUAGAUUCCUUGCAUAUAUCAGUUUCUCACUCACACUCAACUCCAUUUAAAACAAAAAGAAACUAGACGUUGAGAUUUAAAGACUCCAUUUUUAUUUAUUUUUUUCUCUCAAUAUUUUAUUUUAAUUCACAGUUUCACGCUCACACAGUCACAUUCCACUCUAUUCCAUUCGAAAGUUGAAACUUUCAUCUUUCUUUCUUUUUCAUUGGUUAAAAGCUGAGUAGAAAACUCAUAACACAUAUAAAAAGCUCUGUUCUUUUCCUUUUCUUCUUUGAGUGUCAUCUCAACUGUGAAAUGGACCCAAGAAGGAGCCUCUUGUGAUUCACCCUUUAAAGAGUUGUUUGUUUUAGACAAAACCCUUCAAGGGUUUUUCUUGUGGAGAAGGGAGCGUCUGAAAGUUACUAACUUUAAAGGGCUCAGAAAUCAUUUAAAACUGUAAAGAAAGAACAUGGGUGAAUCUGCAUUUCUGAGAAGAUCGUUCUCUUCUCCUUCUGAGAGUUCUCGUGAACCAAAAGAGGGUGAUCCAUGUCGUGUGCUAGGAGAAUCAAUCUCUUUCGGGAGGUUUAUGUCAGAACCCCUGGCCUGGGAGAAGUGGUCAGCUUUCACUCAAAAUCGCUACUUAGAAGAAGUUGAGAGAUACUCUAAACCUGGUUCUGUUGCUGAGAAGAAAGCCUAUUUCGAGGCGCAUUAUAAGAAAAAGGCUGCUGAAAGAGCUGCGGCGUUGCUUGAGGCUGCAAAUGUUGAAACAACUUAUGAAGCUGUCACAGAGUCGGUAGUAAAUGAGGAGAAGAACUGCAAUGUCUCUUCUAUGGAUUCUGAAUUUGAAAAAAGAGAGAGCCUUGUGGAUGAUCUGCUGGAAAUUGAUGUUCAAAAUACUGAUUAUUGUACCAAUGAAACUGAGUCUAAUUCGUGUGUGGAUAGGGAUGAAAAGGAAUGUUCCGUGGGGAGUUGUAAUCCAAUUGAAAUUCCAAAUCUAUCUGAGAAGAAUGAAGUAAAUAUGCACAGUCAGGAUGUUGUUUGUCAGAAUAUUACAGCUUCAACGAGCAAACAAAAGCUGGCCAACUCUUCCCCAAGGACAUCAUCCAAACAAGUGACCCCUAUAAAAACAAGAAAUGGAAACAAUCUUGCUUCAAGGUGUAAGAAUUUCAUGCAAGAUUUGGUUGACAAAAAAAGUGCAAAAUCAAUCCAUAUGUCGAUUCACUUUUCUUCUUGCACUGGUGAAAAUAGUAAACCUGUUUCACCCUUUAGACAAAAGAUCAUAAGCUCGAAAGAUUUAACAGCUUCACCCUUUAGACAAAAGAUCAUAAGCUCGAAAGAUUUAACAGCUUCACCCAAGUUGUUUGCAGCUAGUUCAACUUCACAAAUAAAAACAAAGGCUUCUGUAAAUGGAGUAGUAAAGAGACCACCAAACCUCAAGUCUGAAAAUAGAAGUAGUAAAGCAAUACUAAAUAAAUCAGUUGCUGAAGGAACAACAUUAGAUCGUAAGCAGAAUUGCCUCUCGCCAAACAACUCAAAAUCUUCUGGUGGGAGAGGAAGCAAAUCACAGCCUUCUAUUAUAACAUCUCCUUUCAGAUUCAAAAGUGAUGAAAGAGCAGCAAAACGAAAAGAGUUCUAUGAGAAGCUCGAAGAAAAAAGAAAUGCAGAUGAGGCUGAAAAGAAGCGUCAACAGACAAGAUUCCAGGGAAAAACAUCACAUGAUGUUAUGAAAGUGCGGCAGAGCACUUUGUUAAAAAGCAAACCAAAUGAAGAUCUGUGUUCUGCAUCGCAAUUGCCAACUGGUCAUAUUAAAAAGAUCCCUUUGAGACAACCUAGAUCACCUACUCUUGGAAGAUUGGCAACUCCCAACAAAAUCUGUGAUGCAACUUCUCAGUCUUCAGACAAUAAAGAAAACUCGAAGUGUGUUGAAAAUAACCGACCAACUAUUCGGUCACUCGCUUCACGCUUUCAGAAGAAUAACGCACACGAGAAUGCCACUCCAAAUAUCCAGAGUUCAACAGUAAAAAGGUAGGAAUUAUCUCAGAGAUUAGACUGCUGUUGUAGUGACUGAUCAACCAUCACACCAAAAGCCACUUGUGUAAUUAGGAGACAUGUGGGGGUAGUAGAAUUGUGAUCUCAAACAUCAGUUGGAAAAAUUUUGUAGUAUUUUAAUUCUGUUUGUAAAAUAUGUAGAUUUUCUUUUCUUUCCUUUAAUCGUACCGUACCAGUUUCGGCAUGGGGAAGGGAACAAAGUAAUAACUUACACAACAAGACAGCCUUUUUUUCUUUUUCUAAUUUAUUUUUUUUGUUUUUAAUCAUUUCUCAUUUUGUAAUAACUUGCAGCCUUGUAUAACAAACUCUUGUUUGUUUCUAUAAGAUUAUUGCAAUUGUUAAA